GUCAUUUGGACAUUCCUAUUAAGAUUGCAACAAAAAUAAAACUAUUUAGCGAUAAAAAUUUUAAAGCAUUACUUUAUAAAUGGAGUGAUACAAAUCUGAACAGAAGUUUACAACUCAUAUUUAGUUUGCAAGCUACCAUUAGAUUUUAG